UAUAUAUUCUCCCUAGUUUUAUCCAUCUAUCGAAAGUCGUUGGUUGCAGACAAAAAUGGCGGCAACAGGAGGAGUUGCAGCAGCAAUUGAAGUUUUCGCUUCCAAAUCAAUGGAAUUAAAAUGGGUAAGAACAAGAACAAGAACAAGAAGAAUCACCAAAACCACACACAAACAAAAAACGCUAUCCACACCCCUUCUCCCACUUUUCAUUUCCACUAACCCACACCACCUUAAUCCUCACCAUCUCCAAAACCUCUGCUCCAUAUGCAACCACUCUUUUCACAGAUUCCCCAACCUUAAUAUCUCUGACACCCCUGAGCAAGUUGAUAUCAACAAGCUUCGCAUUGCUCUUUCUCAUAGUGAUGUUCUUGUCUCUGUUUUCUGUAAACCUCAUCAUGUUGAUGGUUUAGAUGAAUCUUUAUCUUCUGUUGUUGAUUUCUUUACUCCUGUUUCUCCUGAACGGGAUUUGUUCGUUGGGUUUGGUCGUGCUGUUUCUGAUUUUGGUCUCACUGCUUCUAUCUAUGAUGUCAUGGUUAUUCCAUCCUUGAGGAGAAUGGGAAUUGGAAAAAUGAUUGUUAGAAAAAUUGUGAGAAUGCUUACAAAUAGAGACAUCUAUGACAUAGCAGCCCUUUGCUCAGAGGAUGAGAGGUUGUUUUUUAAGGCUUGUGGAUUUGGUGGUGACAUUUUGGACUCUACUACCAUGAUGUACACGAGAACUGUUUCAUCAACAAUCCAGGAAAGCAAGCAAACCGUAACACCUGCAGGCCGAAAGCUAUUGUUGGUUCCGCCUCUGAUUGACAGACUCAAGAACCCUCAAGGACGAUAAUAUAGAGUCAUUUUCACUGUAUAAAGUUAGCAAAAAGAAAAUUGUUGUUUAAGCAGCCAGAAGAGGUUAAAUGUCGGCAUUUUUUUUGUCAUUCUUGGCUUGUGUAUAUUCAACUAAGCAGGGAAAAUGUGUAGUCGAAAGAUUCUUUUUGUCAUGCUUUUACUGUAAAUGUGCGAAAUAUUCUUGCUUUUACUUGAAGAACACAUUUUUGUACAGAGUAUAUCCUAAAUUGGUAUUCUAAAGAUUUCAGUGUCAUC